CUAAAUAUAGUCAUGUGUGAUCUUGUUUGAUUUGUCUUAACAUAUAGAUUAUUAAUAUAUAAUUUCUAUAAUUUUUUAAUAUACAAAUUACAAGAUAAAAUGGAUUAAAGAAGUGCAUUGGAUGGUGUGCCAAAAGAAUUUUUUAUUAAAAAUGGAGGCCCAAUGUACACGGUUAGAGACUCUGAUUAUGAGUACCAAUGCACUGGACGCACUUAUUGGUUUGCUUGAAGAUGUUCUAUAUGGAGAAAUUGAUCUAGACGAAGGAGUGUGUGGAGUUUAUGAUCAUGUGGAAGAACUUAUAAAGACCCGGUCAUUUCGUCAUACUACUGGUCAGCCAAAUUAUGACUCUGAUUUGCACGCGUUUGAUGUAGAAAUCUCUUGCUCCAUACAAGAUUUGGUUCGUGGUCCCCCAAUUUUACCGAGUUUGAUUCCUUGGGAGUUACAAAAUUUUAGAACAAACAUGAUGAAUGCCAUCCGAAACCUUAUCAAUGCCCCGCUUUUGGCUCAUAUGGUCACCAUACAAAACACUGAGUCUCAUGAAAAGGAGUCAAAGGAUGACUCAAGCGUAGAAUUAUAUGUUGGGGAUAACAUGGACAGUGGGCCUGAGCUCAUAAAUGCUGAUGACGAGGGGUCCGGGGAUAACAUGGAUAGUGGGCCUAAACACAUAAAUGCAGAUGACGAGGGGUCCAACGUCAUGGGGAAAAAUAAAGAGUUUGCCCUUUUAGAAGGUGUGGACAAGGUGGCAAAUGAAGAUUGUGUCCACACCGAUAACUCAAUUUCGUUGGACACCAUCGCGUUGUUUGACAUUGCUGGUAUUAUCAAGUCUGAACACCUGAUUUCAAAGAAAAUAGUUCGAUGCAUGUUUGGUCUUCUCUUUUAUUUCUGCCACUAUACUUCAUCAGAGAAGCUUCUUAAAGAUUGGUCAACAAAUGUACGUCUUUUCUGGUUUAGCACAUUCUCACAUGUCCAAAAGCUUGAGUGGGAACCUCCACCUUGAGGACAAGGUGGUUUUUAAGGG